AUGACCAUCACCAACCAAGCUGCCUGGCUCACCAAGGCCGGUACUCCUCUCGAAGUCGGCGACGCCCCUCUGCCCACCGCCGGCCCUGGCGAGAUCGUUGUCAAGAACGCCGCCGUCGCCAUCAACCCGCUCGACACCCACAUGCAGGAUGUCGGCGUCUUCGUCCAGCAGUGGCCCUCCGUCUUCGGCUGCGACGUUGCCGGUGUCGUGCACGAGGCUGGCCCUGAUGUCCAGCGCUUCAAGAAGGGCGAUCGUGUAAUUGGCCACGCAAUCAACCUCGUCACCGGCCGUCCCCAGGAUGGCGCCUACGCCCACUACACCGUCAUCCCGGCUGAUAAAGCCGCCAUCCUGCCCGACGCCAUCUCCUUCACCGACGGCGUCGUCGUCCCCUUCGCCGUCGAAACAGCCGUCUGCGCUCUCUCCCUCAAGGAGCCCGGCGUCGCCAUGCCCGGUGUCUCAACCCCGGCUCUCGCCCUGCCGUAUCCCACCCUCGACACCCCCGUUAAGCCCCUCGGCAAGACCAUCGUCAUCUACGGCGGCUCCUCGUCCGUCGGGUCCAUGACGACCCAGAUCGCCACAGCCGCAGGCAUAAACGUGAUUGCCAUCGCCGGCGCACACAACUUCGACUUUAGCAAGCGCUGCGGCGCAACUGAAGUCUUCGACCACAAGGAUACCGCUGUUGCGGAGAAGGUCAUUGCCGCUGUACAGCAGGCCGGCAAUGAGUUCGUUGGCAUCUUCGACGCAGUCGCUACACCCGACACUUAUGCCAAUGACCUGAUUAUCCUGGAGAAGCUAGGUGGCGGACACCUUGCUGCUGUGCACCCGCCUCCUGCUGAUGUGCCCGAGAACGUCAAGGCCGGUAUGAUCUUUGCGGUCAAUGAUAUUGCGACGCCGGUUUGGAAGGAUUUUGUUACUCCUGCGCUGGAGAGUGGCAGGAUUCAGUGUCUUCCGCGCCCGACUGUUGUGGGCAAGGGCCUUGAGAGUGUUGAUGAGGCGUUGAAGAAGUGUAAGGCUGGGGUUAGUGCUACGAAGUUGGUUGUGGAGUUGUAA